CUACUUGCGCCGCUUGUGUCAAACGGUUAUGCUCAUCGAUAGCUAAUCGGUGAACAGCUGUUGUUUUGCUGGAGACGAGAUUUGUGACUCGAAAACAGCAACGGGCAUAACAGCCAGGACGCAAUGGUUAUUACAAACAAAACAACACUGCCCGAAGAGGCAGAGCUUGAUGUGCAGGAACUGAAUCUGUCGUCGGCUGCACUGCGUGCUGGUUCUUUUCACUUGGGCAAACAAUGCGAAGGAGUCAAUAAUGAGUUCAUGCUUUGUCGCCAAGAGCUGGAUGAUCCGCGCGCCUGCUUGGCCGAGGGACGCGCUGUCACCAGCUGCGCCUUAAACUUCUUUCGCAAGGUAAAGAAGAGCUGCCAUGAGGAGUUCAUGCAGUACGCCACUUGCCUGGACAAGAGCAGCGGCACCAUGGCCUUCAGCCACUGCCGCAAGACUCAGGGUGUUUUCGAUAAGUGUGUAAAGGACCAUUUUGACUGGGACCGUCCUUCCUAUGGCUACUUUGCGCGUGCCAAGGUUAUUCAAACGGAACGCAAGGCACCUGAGAAAGAGCCCAUCAAAUCAUAUCCCGAUGCUACGCCCGGCCUGCCAGAGGAUUAUCCAACUCCACCAGCCAAAUACGGUUCGCGCUUCUUCUGGCUGGAAUAAACGUUGUGGCUUAGUCAAAUUAUUAGGGCGGGCCAUUGGCCAAACUUGUAGUUUACAACAUGCAUAAAAUCUUGUUUCCAUUAGUAA